AUGAGCAUGUCUGGUAUGGACAUGGACAGCACGGACAUGUCGUCCGGAAGCUGCUCGAUGUCGAUGUUGGGCAACUGGGAGACGAUUGGAUCCUGCUUCUUGACGUCUUCUUGGCAUAUCUCGACGGCUGCACAAUUUGCCGGCACUUGCAUUGGUGUCUUCUUGAUUGUCGUCGUCAUUGAGAGCGUGCGGCGGUGGGGGCGCGAGUGGGAUCGAUACAUCGUCAGGAAAGCCCUCGAAGAUCAUCAACGAAUGUCCAACCUCAACAGAGCUGGGAACCGGGCGGGAAAGAGGAUGCAGACCACGAAGGCAUGCUUCCCCAUGUUCCGGCCCUCAGUCCUCCAACAGGCCAUCCGCAGCCUGGUCUAUGCGAUCCAGUUUACAGGCGCAUACAUCGUCAUGCUAAUCGCCAUGUCGUACAACGGCUACAUUCUCAUCAGCAUUGUCCUCGGUGGCCUCGUCGGCCACUUCUUCAGCACCUGGGACACGCUUUCAUUCGCCCUCGAU